UUCGAUAAAAUUCGCAGCCGAUUUACAGCGUACAGAAUAAUCACAGGGCCAGUGCCAUACUAUCCCACUGCAACUGUGGAUACUUCUUGGUCGGUGCUCGAACAUACGGACGGCUUACCUUCUUCACCACCAGAUCAAGCAUCAAGUUAAUACAUAAAUAACAACUGAACGGCCAAAUUGCGUCAGUAUUCGAAACACCUCGCACGCUGGUUAGCACAUGCGAGGCCGCAAAGUGCAAGUAUGGAACUGGACUUGGUUUAUUUGAUACCGCUGACGGUUUUGUUGGUGAUAUGCUGCUACUUGCUGAGCAGAAAAAAAGAUGACUACUUUCAGAAGCGUUUGAUUCCGUCCAUACCCUCGGGACUGUUCUCACCGCUUUUUUUGUCGUUCCUUUUUAAGAAAUGCUCAUGGUCGGAUUACUCCAAAAUAAUCUACGAUGGAAACGUCGCUGACAGGAUUGUAGGAUUGUCCGAUAACCAGGGCCGAGUGUUUGCGCUGCUGGAUCCGGAGCUGAUUAAAACGGUGGCAGUUAAAAAUUUCGAUCACUUCACGGAUCGACGACCGACGUUCUGGAAUCCGAACGCCAAGAAUCCCCGAACUAUACUGCAUAGGACGUUGUUUUCAUUGGCUGGCGAAAAGUGGCGGAACAUGAGAACCACCCUGAGUCCGGCGUUCACCGGAAGCAAAAUGCGGUUGAUGUUUGAGUUGGUGUUGGAGUGUUGCGAGAACAUGACUCGACACUAUCGGAAACAGCUGACGGACUCGGGCGGGUUUGAAGUGUACGACAUGAAGGAUAUUUUUUCCCGAUUUUCCAACGAUGUCAUUGGUACGUGUGCUUUCGGGAUAUCGGUGGAUUCGAUGAAAGAGCCGAACAACGAUUUUUACACUAACGCUAAAAAGUUGACGCAAUUUCAGCGGUUGAGUGUAUUGUUGCGUAUGCUUUUCAUCAUGUUAUUUCCCAAAAUAUCGGAUGCAUUGGGAGUGGAGGUUGUGGAUAGGGAACAGUUGGACUAUGUGACAGAGUUGAUCGUGAAUGCUGUGAAAAGCAGGAAAGCAAACAAUAUUGUUCGACCAGACAUGAUACAUUUGCUGAUGGAAGCUCGGAAAGGUGUUUUGAAAGACCACCAAGAGGCUGAGCAAAACGAUGGAUUUGCGACCGUGCGGGAGUCUGAGGUCGGUCAAGUUCAGGCAAGCUUUAAGAUGACGGACUUGGACAUGGUAGCUCAGUGUUCGAUAUUUUUAUUGGCCGGCUUCGAAACUGUUUCUACUUGCCUAACGUUCCUAGUUUAUGAACUUACAGUCAAUCCAGAUGUUCAGCAACGUCUCUACGAAGAGGUGUUGGAAACUGUCGAACAACUUGAUGGUACACCACUCCGUUAUGAGACCUUGCAGAAAAUGAAGUACAUGGAUAUGUGCGUGUCGGAGAGCCUCCGUUUGUGGCCACCAAUUCCGAUAAUUGAUAGACUGUGCAUUAGCGACUAUCGAUUGGAUGAUGGGCAGAUUCAUUGUACGAUCGAAAAAGGAGCCGGUAUUUUUAUACCGAUAUACGGUCUUCAUAGAGAUCCCAAAUAUUUCCCCGAACCUGAGCGGUUCGAUCCGGAACGAUUUAGUGAUGAGAACAAGGCCAGUAUCAAUAUGGGAGCCUAUCUACCAUUUGGUGUCGGUCCGAGAAACUGUAUCGGAUCUAGAUUCGCACUUAUGGAAGUGAAGGCCAUUCUGUUCCAUAUGCUGCAGCAUUUCAGCUUCGAACGAACAGAUAAAACACCGGUACCGAUGAAGUUGCUGUGUGGGACGAUUUCUGUGACCAGCAAGCGAGAGGUGGCGGUGGCAUUGAAAUUACGAAAAAGUGAUAGAUAAUGAGACUAGCAUAGUUUUCAGUAAAACUUUUUUAAUCGUUUAAAUAAUAUGAUGAGGGUUUUGAAUGUGAACGAUGUUUAAUCUAAAUCUAAAUCUAAUUCCAGUUACGAUUUUAUAAGGAAACACGAAUAAUAGACCAGCUAUCAUGUCUCCCAUCACGCGUACAAAAAAUCAAAUAUACCUUAACAUUUCUUCGCUUAGUAUAAAUUUAUUUUGAAGCAGACUUUUUCGUUCAGUGUCUUGGCGUUGGUAGAUUACAAUUUGGUAGAUUAGAUAAGAUUACGACUUUUAAAAAUCAACUAAUCAGCAAAAGCCGUAGGGUAUUGUUUGUAAAGUUACUGCCAUUUCUAAUAUCGGAGGACUAACUUUAAUUGAUUGAAAGAUUAUUAUAAUUGGACUAGCGAGUUACAAAGGACAUUUUCUUGCGGAUCUUUAUGGCAUAGUAUAAGUAUUUUUUUACAUUUUUUAUAUAAACGCACCGAUACUGAAGCCAAAUCUAGUUUUCAUGCAAAGUAGGCAAACAUACCUAUUUAGGUGGGUAUGCAAGAGAAGUAUUAGUAUUAAUAUUUGUUCGCCGUAUUAUAUUCCUUUGUUACAAUAUUCAUGAAAUAAAAUAAAAUAAUAUU